AUGGAGAGAGAAAGGGAGAAGAUGGAGAGAGAAAGGGAGAAGAUGGAGAGCGGCAAGUCAGAGCUGAGGAUGGCCAUGGAGGAGCUCUGCUUGCUCAGCUCGAGAGAUGCGGAGGAUCAUCAGCAGGAGCAAGAGCAAGAGCAGCAGCAGCAGAGGUCAUCCACCAUGGACCUCCUCUGUGUCUCCAAGCAGCUUCUCCAUGUCCUUGAUGAGAUUGGGCCAACAUUACUAGUCCUAAGGCAAGACAUUCAGCAAAACAUUCAGAGAUUAGAAGAUCUGCAUGCGAGAGACCCUUCCAAAUAUGCGAGCUUGACUGCGAUUGUGACAGAAGAAGUAGAGGAAGGGAUGUCAAAGAAGGCCAACAGUUGCACCAGGGCUACUAUCUGGCUGUCUAGGUCCAUGAAUUUCUCAUUACAUUUGCUGGAGAGUUUAUUGAAGAACCCAGAGACAAGCCUGAAAGAGAUUGUGGAAGAAGCAUACAAAAUCACCCUAAAGCCAUACCAUGGAUGGAUUUCAUCAGCUGCUUACAGGGUAGCGUUGGAGCUCAUUCCAGACAGAGAGAUCUUCAUUCAGUUGUUGAUGGGGAACUGCCAGGAUCCUGAAGAUUUUGCAGGAGAUGUCAUGAUCUUUAUUUCCAUUGUCCAGCCUCUGCUUGAGGAGAUCAAUACCAUUUUGGUUAAGCACAAACUGGACAGGCUGAAAUCUACCUGA